AUGAGCACAGGUAAAAGGGAGGGCAACAGGAAGAGCGAAGUUUGGACCACAAGUAAAGAAGCAAACCCUUUGUGCGGGAGACAGGUCCUGCUGCAAACUGGCGAUGCCUUUAAGGGGGACCGGAAGCGGAAGCAGGCUGAGGGGCGGAUGGAGGCGGCCGAGGAGAAGCUGCUGCUGUUCACGAUGGAAAACCGGCCGCUCGCCACCUGUGCAGGAGAUCAAGCCCUCUUCUCUUCCGUGUACUCGAUACUUGUGCAGCAACUUCCACGGGAACCCAUGGAAUGGAGAAGGUCAUAUGGACGCCCACCGAAGAUGAUCCACUUGGAGGCUAAUUUUGUUCAGUUUAAGGAAGAGUUGAUUCCCAAGGAGGGUAACCGAGCACUAUUAACCUUCCCGUUCCUGCACAUAUUUUGGACAGACUGCUGUGACACCGAGGUUUACAAGGCAACAGCGAAGGACGAGAUCACAAAAUGGCAGAACAUUUUAAAGGCCUACAGCAGUUCCGACUGGCUGAUUGUUGUUGUGGAAAGUGACGCCAAGAAAAAGAACAAAACCAACAUUCUCCCCAGAACUUCCAUCGUUGAUAAGAUCAGAAACGACUUCUGCAACAAGCAGAGUGACAGGUGUGUGGUGCUGUCCGAUCCCCUGAAAGAUUCUGCUCGGACUCAGGAAUCCUGGAACGCGUUCUUCACCAAGCUCAGGACCCUCCUGCUGAUGUCAUUUACCAAGAACCUGGGCAAGUUCGAGGAUGACAUGAGGACCAUGAGGGAGAAGAGGACGGAGGCUGGCUGGAGUUUCUCCGAAUAUUUCAUGGUUCAGGAGGAGCUGGCUUUCGUUUUUGAGAUGUUGCAGCAGUAUGAGGAUGCGCUGGUCCAGUAUGAUGAGCUCGAUGCUCUCUUCACUCAGUAUGUCGUCAACUACGGUGCUGGGGAUGGUGCCAACUGGCUGGCCUCCUUCUGCCAGCCCGUAAGGAGCUGGAACGGGCUGGUCCUCCGCAAGCCCAUUGACAUGGAGAAGCGGGAGUUAAUCCAGAGGAACCAGGCCACCCUGCUCGACCUGCGCAGCUACCUCUUCUCGCGGCAGUGCACGCUGCUGGUCCUACUGCAGAGGCCAUGGGAGGUGGCACAUCGCGCCGUCCAACUGCUCCACAACUGCGUCCAGGAGCUGAAGCUACUCGAGGUUUCUGUCCCCGUUGGGGCGCUGGAUUGUUGGGUGUUCCUGAGCUGCCUGGAGGUCCUGCAGAGAAUCGAAGGUUGCUGCGACCGGACCCAGCUGGAGAACAACUGUAGCCACACCGUUGGACUUUGGUCAUAUGCCACAGAGAAGCUGAAGUCGCUGGGUUACCUGUGUGGGCUCAUCAAUGAGGAAGGACCGAAGUCUGAAGAUCUGAACAGGACGGUGGAUGUGUUGGCAGGACUGGGAGCAGAGAGAGCUGAAACAGCCAACAGCCCCCAGAGUCCCUACAAGACCCUCAACGAGGCACUGUCAUCUGUGGAGGCCUUUGAGAAACAUUACUUGGACCUUUCGUACGCUGCCAUGGAGAUGUAUAAAACGAUUGGACGUGUCCGCUCGGCUCAGCUGCUGGGGAAGGAUUUGGCGGAUUUUUACAUGCGGAAGGGGGAACCAGAGAAAGCGGAAAGCUACCUGCAGGAGGCUCUGAAGACGUACCUGUCAGAAGGCUGGGCUUUACUCAUUGCCCACACCAGGAAACAACUGGCUGAUUGUCAGAACCGCCUUCAGCAGACAGAGAACUACCUGCAGACAAGCAGCCUGCUGGCGGCUGACCACCAUCUUCUGGAGGCAGAACGCAUCCCCUUUUGCCAGGAGAUCCUUCGGCUGUCCAGGGUACCGGCUGACGACCGCUUGCUGCUUGGGAUGGACGGCUUUGCCCAGCUGAGAAGCCUGCGCUUGGAGCCGGCAGUGGCAGUGGUGCACGUGGGGGGGUGGCUGGACAUGGAGCUGACCAUCCACAGCCUCAUGCCCAUCCCAGUCCCCCUGGACCACCUCUCCAUCCACUUGCACCUCACCGUCAACAGAGACCCAUCCAAGAGGAGCAGCGAGUUGUCUGGGCGGGGUCAGAAUGCGGCCGGGAUCUUCCUCUUCUCGAACGAGUCCACUGGCCAGCGUGGCCCCCGGGGCAGCCAGCCGUCCGUUGAGCUGUACGAGUUGCACGAUCGCAGCCCCUCGGACAACGCACUCAACUGCAGCGGCAUUGUCUGCAAGAACAUGCACCUACUCCUGCGCAGACAGGAGAGCAGCUCGUCGAUGGAGCGACCGUCGGGGCUGGCCGUGGAGGAGAGCGCACACGUUCUGCGGUCUGGCGCCGUGCUGCUGCAGCCAGGAGACAACAGCAUUCACUUCAGGACCCAGGCCAGCGACUCGGGCACAUACACACUCCGGCAGCUGUGUGCCUCCCUGGGCCGGGUCCAGUUCACCUUCCCACACAUCUAUCCCAUCGUUCAGUACGAGGUUUACUCCCAGGAACCUCAGCUCAAGGUGGAACCUCUAACUGAGAGUCUCCUGGCUGGCAUCUCUCAGAGGGUGAGGUUUACGAUACAGACGGGGCAUUACGCGGUGAAGAGUGGAGACGCACUACAACUGAGCAUUGCGGACACUCUGCCCAUCCUGCAUUCGGCAAGCAGCACUGCAUCUGUGUCCACUGACAGUGGCGACAAGCUCUCUGAGACUCCGUUGUCCAUCCAGUCGUCUGGGAAGAUCAGCAGCAUUCCUCUGCCCUUGGCUCCUGCCUAUCACAUCAUUGAGUUUGACCUCCAUGUUAUCUGCCACAUGCCUCCCACACUGCCUACGCCCCCGGACGCAGAGAGACCCAGCGCUGACUUGAAGGCCACCCACAAAGGCCCCGAGAAAAGCAAGCCGGAAGCCCCUUGCAUGACCUCCAUUGACCAGAAGAUUUCAAUAGACUGCCCCUGGUCCAUUUACUCGACGCUGAUCGCUCUGACCUUCAACAUACCUUUCAGUGCUAGCCACUCGCUUCUGUCGACGGGACGAAGGAAGUAUCUACAGGUGUGUGUUCACAACCUGUCUGAGGUGGGUUUCCAGUUGUUUGAUCCUCAGUUGGUGGACCUGGCCAACAGUUCACACCUGGACUUUGUAUCCCUCAACUCCUCCAAGCAGCAGCACGUGUACAGCAGACAGGCCACAUUCUUCCUCUGGGAGCUGCGGUGGGACGGGGAGCCGGGACCCAGCCUGUCCUCCCAGUUCAGUGUGAACUUCAGCCCUCUGGACGGGCAGCAACAUGACUCGAUGAAACCCUACACCUACGAGUUCCGGCUCGACAAUUUCUGCACCCUGUACAAUGUGAAGGUGGAUAUCUCGCCCCCUCUGGGGUUGGACAUGUGUAAGAUGGGGACACUGUGCAGUCUGGAGGUAUCGAUCGUCCGGCUCUCCGAACUCACCGAAGGGGACAGAGAUGAGGCUCUCUCCGAGUCCGAUGGUUACUGUACUACCAGGCUGAUGUAUGAAGUUGUUGACAACAGCAGUAACUGGGCUGUGUGUGGCAAGAGUUCUGGGGUCAUUACCAUGCCAGUGGCCGCCCGCGCCACUCACAAAGUCCACAUGGAGGUGAUGCCUUUGUUCGCCGGGUUCCUGCCAUUUCCGGACAUCAAACUCUUCAAAUAUCUUCCUUUCCAGGCCUGUCCGUCAGGGCAGGUUGAUACGGCCGCUGACAGCUGGAUGGAGAACGACACUUUGUCCUUGGACAAGAACACAGAUGAGCAGGUGGAGAGCAGCAGCCUGCGCAGUCGAGGCAGCACCCACUCCUCAGGCAGUGGUGAACACAGAGGGCUGCCAAUGCCUCGCCUUCUUCCCUUCUGCACCGGGCAGGUCUUUAACGCCAGUGCCUGCUGCCAGAUCCUUGUUCUCCCCUGCCAGGACGAUCACAUGCUGGAGGUGAACGUCACAUGAUGCCGAGGGUUUGCACAGCCCCUGCGUUUCCUGGGGUGUAGUCACCGCGACAACGGUUGUGAUCGCUGGCGUUACUGCUGGUGUGAGCAGCCCCCUCAGACUGUAAAUCUAUCUGUAUAUUGGGAGCGGUACUGGGUUGUUGUAAUUAUAUUUGGUCUUUGUAAACGUCACACCAAAAUAUUUGUGAUUGAAUUUCAGUGCACAGAAAUUGAUCUCCUGUGGUGUAACUCUCCCCAUUCCAACCCAGCCCAAACCUGGAGACGCUCAGCUUUGCAUCUACCCAAACUAGGCACGUCCUUGCACUCAAGACCUGUACAGUCUCCUUGCAUGAUCCCCCCCCACUUCCCGUGAGAGUGCAGACCCCCCCACUUCCCAUGAGAGUGCAGACCCCCCCACUUCCCGUGAGAGUGCAGACCCCCCCACUUCCCGUGAGAGUGCAGCCCCCCCACUUCCCGUGAGAGUGCAGACCCCCGCUUCCCGUGAGAGUGCAGACCCCCCCUUCCCGUGAGAGUGCAGACUCCCCCACUUCCCGUGGGAGUGCAGAUCCCCCCACUUCCCAUGAGAGUGCAGACCCCCCCUUCCCGUGAGAGUGUAGA